UCUUUAGUUUUGGAAGACUGACUGGCUGGUUGGGACACAACUGCAAAAGUAUGAGAACCAAUCGUUUUCACCUUCCAAGCUGUCUUCGUGUAAGUGCUCUAUAUAUAGAUGAAAAAAGUCAGAUAGGUCGAGGUGUCAUUCUCAGAACAGUUUUAGGCAUUCCCUAGGUUUCAACUAAAAAUCGCUUUUGCUACAACGCUCCAAACUCUUUCCAAGUGGUUUGUUAAUCAUGAAGUACUUGUUGACACUUUGCCUUUUCGCUGCUUUCUUCACAAACCGUGUUAACUGCGACUGCAAAACUUCUUGCAUGGACAGUUUUUAUGCUGCCUUGACAAAUGCGAAAAGUGCCGCCCAAGCCUGCCCCAUUACGCAGAGUCUUCUGUACUGUCUGCAAGCCUCCUGCAAUGUAGACCUCUCGCCAUACUACUCACAGGUAGAGCAAGAACUGAAGAAGUAUGGCUUUUCCUGUGAUCUGAGCAUCCAUCAAGGAACACGAUCAGGAUCAAGGGCCUUAUCCGGCAGUCUGCUCACUGUGUCUGGCGUCAUGCUGCUCACUGCUUACAGGACCUUCAACCUCUGACCCUGUAUAAGGAAACAAUAGAUUAGUUUGUGACUGUUCAAACCCAUCGAAAUAUAAAAAAUUGUAUUUUAGAUUUAGAACGAUUUUCAUAGCGUUCUUGACCUUUUAAUUCUCUACUUGAGAAAAUGGCUGAUUUUCUUCAGAUUCAAAGUAUAAUGCUUUGUGAAAACUUCUAACCACUGACAGAUGACAAAUUUUGUGGCAUAUAUCCCCUACACCAGAAGAAUAAUAUGAUACAUUCAGAAGAUCUUUCUAAACGCUAUGUACGAGUUGAGAAUAGCAUUUACCUUAAUGACCGGGAGUGAUAUAUUCUUCAGAUUAGAGAUACUGUCUACUUAAAAAUUGUAACUAGCUCACAUCUGAUGAAUUCCAGAAAAUAAUCAAUCCGGAAAGCUUUUGGAAAGCCAAAAAUUUCGUUUUCUUUUUCUUUCUUUUUUCUUGUUUUUUUUUUUUUUUUUUUUUUUUAAUAUUGUCCACUGUUCUAACUGAUCAGUCCGUCUUGAAAAAAACUGAGAACAGAGAGUUGACAUUUUUGACAUAGCGAUGUUAGAUUGUGAAAUAUUUUAUAACAAUAGAGAUCAUUUUUGGUUGAGAGUGCACACAUAAGAAAAGUUACAUUUUCUGAAAGUCUGGCUUUGCUUAUGGAACAACGGAAUAUUUGUUAAUGUGCUAUAACUGAUAAUCUUAUCUUUAAAGAUUUUGUAUAACCUAAUUAACACAGAAACAACAAUUAUUAAAAUAUAUUUAAAAACUUUGUAAAAUAAAUGCAACUAAGAAGGAGAAGAAGAAUGGAAAGAAAUACAACUAGAGUAUGUAAAUGGUUACUUCUAGGGACUUUAAGUUAUUCUGUCAGGAGCUGGCCACAGCAAAACUUCAAUAUUUUGUAUCAAAGGGAGACAACUGCUGCAGUGUUUAUAGUUAGUGGACUAGCCUCCCUUUAGAUAGCGUAGUAUCUUGUCGAAAUAAAAGUGUAUAAAAGUAUAACCAAGGACUAUGCACCCUCAGACAUUCCACAUAUUAUAAUUUGUCCAGAAAGAUAUUCAGUUGAUCAAAGUAAAUUUCUUCAUCGAAUAAUAAACCAUUUGUUUUUAAACGUCUCGCUGAGUCAUCUGCAGAUACCGAUGAAAGUAAGUAAGUGUACUAUAAUUAGACCUUGAAAUAAAAAAAUUCUUGCCGUAUAUAAAAAAAUCUAUGGCACAUUUGAAGUGGCUGUGACUAGUUAUUAUAUGUUUGCAUUUUCGUGCUUGCUUCAAUCUUGAAACUUUUGUAUUAGUACACAUCUUAAAUGAAAUUCUUGUAAAGUAACUAAAGUAUGUCAUCAUGUAUUGUACAUGAAAAAAGCAACAGAUAAAAUAACAAAUUCAUAUAUCAUAACAUCUAAGGUGAAGGCCAGAGUGGUGAAACCUGUUACUCACUGCCUCUAUUCACUUGUUCCCCCAAUAAUGAGUAGAUUUUUAAUAGCUUGUGGGAGUGCCACUCACACCGUUACAUGUACUUAAGAAACUCCAGAGCUGAACAUAAAGAUUAUUUUAAUCUUUUAGUGUGUUCCUAAUGAAAAUGUGUUUUAAAAAAUGUUUUAGCCUAUUUUAAUUUUAAGUUUUUAGUUUGUUUUUUUUUUUUUUUAUCAUGGUGCUCUUCCAAUCUCAAACGCCUCUCCUCUUCAGUCUCCAACUAUAAUUUCUCCUGAUGCUUUUGCCUCUUCUUUUCUACACGACAUUUUCUUUGCUUUGCGGUUUCAUCCAUCUGUAUUCUCACUUAGAAAGAAAUGAUUUAAUGCUGUAUUUUAUGUCGGCAACAAUACAGAAGUGAUUAUGUCACUACGGGACAGGAGCAGCAUACUUACCCCCACUUCUUUAUUGAACCUUUGCCUUAACCCUUACUUUAUACUGAACACUUGUCUAAUAACAGCUCAUCCCGUCACAUAUAUCAAAUAAAACUUUGAAAUUUUCUACAA